UUCCAGCGUACAUGGCUUAUAUGAUCUGCCAGUUCUUCCACAUGGACUUCUGGCUUCUCAUCAUCAUCUCCUCCUCAAUCCUCACCUCUCUCCAGGUGCUUGGCACUCUGUUGAUCUGUUGUUCACUUCAUGGUGGAGGAGUUUCGUAAAGCUCCAGUGGAGAACGUGGAUGAAGUCAUAUAUUGUGUAAAUGGGACCUACAGAUGCUGGAGUUUCUGGUUGCGGUGUGCGUGGUGUGCUAUGGUGUAUCAGAGACUGUAUUUGGCGAGUGGAGUGUGAUGGGAAGCACCAUCAUCUUGGUCCACUCGUACUAUAACGUCUGGCUCAGAGCCCAGCUGGGCUGGCAGAGCUUCCUGCUCAGGAGAGAUGCUGUAAACAAGACAAAAAGCCUCCCCACAGCUAGCAAUACACAGCUGGAGCAGUAUAAUGACAUCUGUGCUAUCUGCUUCCAGGACAUGACCAGUGCUGUGAUCACUCCGUGCAGUCAUUUCUUCCACGCUGGCUGUCUGAUGCCCUCUCUGUCAUUCACAACUCAAGAGCCAAUCACCAACUAACGGUGGAGCUACCCAAGAUACACCUGCAGCCAAUCACAUCGUCAAACCUCCAUUAUCAUCUUCCUCUUGUUCUUCUUCUCCUCUUGCAACUGAUUCUGUGCUGCACCAGUCCCCUGCAGAUCACCCUUCUGCAUCUUCUUUCUCUACCUCUUACACAUCAGACACACCCGACGCUCCUGCAUCUCUCUGCCAUUCUGUCUCCACCUUUCACCAACCAACUUCACAGGUACUGACCUAA